AUGGACAGCAAAAAGAGAAUGGGGGAGGAACACCAACUCCAAGAAGCUGGAGAUGAAUCCUUGACUACACAACCGGAGUCUUGGCAGAUCCAUUAUGAGAAGUCAUGGCUCCACCAACGUUGCUCUUCGUUGUUACACCGCGACAAGCAGGCCCAGAAGACUGGGCAGCUCUUCUCCGGACUUCUAGCCAUGAAUGUAGUAUUUCUUGGCAGUGCAUUCAUAUGUAGUAUGCUUUUCAACAAAGUAGCCAUUACCAUGAGAGAUGUCUGUAUUUUCCUGUGCAUCCUCAAGAUCUUAUCCUUGAGCUGGAUAGCAUAUUACUUGCUGUUCACUAGAAGGAAACCAUUUGCCAUCUUGUAUCAGGAUGCCCAUGCAGGAGCUAUUUGGAUUAGAGCAAAUCUUGUGAUCUGGAACUCUCAUAGCCACCUUCUGCAUAAUCCUUCAUUUUCCCUUUCUUGCUCAGGUAAUUUGACGUACUCAUGCAAGGACUCAAGCGUGACCAUCUGCAAGAUCUUCCAAAAAGGAUAUAUUCUGUUAUAUCCCUUCAAUACAGAAUAUUGUUUGAUCUGUUGCUCCAUGCUGUAUGUCAUGUGGAAAAAUGUGGGCCGGCGCAUAAUUCAGAGCCAUAUCUCUGGAACCCAGCCUAGAUUCAAACUCCAUGGCAUCAUUUGGGGGCCUUUGCUUGGUAUCGCUGCAAUAAUUAUUGGGAUUUGCAUUUUCAUGAUCUAUCAAAUCCAAGUCACCAGUUCUUUCCCUAGUCCUAUGUCAUUCAUACUGUACUAUUCCUACUACAUUUGUUUAUUGCCUGUAAUGACUGUGGCAGCUUUGGCUGGAACUGUUAUCCAUGCCUUAGAAGAGAGAGAGCUGGAUACCCUGAAAAAUCCAACCAGAAACCUUGAUGUCAUCCUGCUCAUGGGAACAGCCUUAGGCCAAAUUGCCAUUUCGUAUUUUUCCAUUGUAGCCAUUGUGGCCACUCAUCCAAUAAGCAUGUUGAACAGCAUCAUUCUAGCCUAUUCAAUAAGCCUCAUCAUUCAACACAUUUCCCAGAAUAUCUUCAUCAUUGAGGGGCUCCACAGGAAACCACUACUGAUGAAGAAAUGUGAAGACAGCUCCCCAAACAUGAAUAACCUAGAGACAAGACAGAAAAAUCAGUCUGUUUCAUGGACUUACAUCACGGCCUACAGGCAUCUGAACUGGAAAAGAAGAGCUCUGAAGGAGAUCUCCAGCUUCCUGAUCAUGUGCAAUAUCAUUCUGUGGAUUAUGCCAUCAUUUGGAGCACAUCCAGUAUUUGAGAAUGGAAUAGAGAAGUCAUUUUAUGGCUACUCCACCUGGUUUGCCAUUGUCAACUUUGGGCUUCCAUUGGGUGUGUUCUACAGAAUGCAUUCUGUUGGUGAUCUUCUGGAGGUGUAUCGCUCUGCCUGA